CGAAUUUCUUAAAAGAAGAACGAAGGGGCAAAUACAAAUGGAAAUGUGCCGUUUAAAUUAUAAGAAUAGCAAUGUGUGAGAAACUAUGAGAAAGAACGCGGAAGCGCAAAGAAGACAACAAUACGUAACACGGUCAAAAGCGGGAAAAGAUAAUAAAAAUAAAAACGAAAGUGAAGAUAAAGCUGUGAGCGAAGUAGAAAGUGACAAUAAUAACAAGAGCGAAAACAUGGAGGCUAAAAUCGAAGAAAAUAGUAAAAGUUUACACGACAUAAUUCAAUUGCUUACUCUAAAAAUUCAAGCUGACGAAAUUCGUCAAAAUGAGCCCAAAAUUGCAACAGAAAAUUUCGCGAAAGUUUUGCCUAAUUUUGAUGGGAAAAGUGUGCCGGUGGAACGUUGGCUGGCUAAAUUGGGCAAAACGAGACCGCGUAUAACCUAACUGAGCAACAAAAAUAUGUGAAAGCUCGCGGAAAAAUGACACAGAUGGAACAACUACAUCUCGAAUCGGUGUUUGUAAGUACAUAUGAAGAGCUAUUAAAAGAGUUUAAACGUACGUUUGCAAGUGCCGUAAUACAUAAGAAGUUAAGCGAAAGAAGAAAAAAAAGUAACUAAACAUCCCAUCAAUAUGUGUUAAGCAUGAAAAAAAUAGCAGCGGUAGGUGAAGUUGGGAGUGAAUCUGUCAUACGUUACAUUGUUGACGGAUUGAAUGUCAAAAGCGAAUGCAAAUACAGUAUGUACGGCUGCAAAUCGUACCAUGAUCUUUACGAAAAAUAUGAUGUACUUGACCAUAUGAACGAUAUCGAAAAGAAAUAUAAACAAUACGGUCCUGUAAAAAGAAGUACACAGAGUGAAAAAAUAACUCGUUGUUUUAAUUGUGGGUCCCCAGACCAUUUAAGAAAGGACUGUAAAACUGAUACUAAAUGUUUCAAAUAUAAUGGAGCUGGAAAUAUCUCUAAAACCUGCCCGCAGUUUUCAAAACGCAUUCAAGUGAUUAAGGACAAUAAAAGGUGUAAGACUAUGCAAUUCUGUAUGACGCUUUACUGGGGUUUGAUUUUGCAUCUAAUUUCAGCUUAACGCUCGAUGACAGUGGCUACAAAUUCACGAAAACGAUAGGUCAAGAGGGUAGUGACACAUCGAGUGAACUAAUGGUCUACAAUGUCUCGGAAAAUAAAGUAGAAAUCAACUCACCGCAGCAGUUCCAGUCGCUAAUACGAUCGAUAAUUAAAGAUUACAAACCAACGGAAAGCAAUGUUGAGUGUCCUGUGUUCCUGAAAAUACUUCCAGAUGGUCAGAUUACGCCGUUUCGUCAGCAGACAAGUCGUCAUCCACCUGUUGAAUGUGAUGCCAUAAAAGAACAAGUUGACGAAUGGCUGGAAAAUGGUGUGGUACGCAAAUCAACAUCUAACUUCGCUAGUAGAGUGGUUAUUGUAAAAAAGAAAGAUAGCACAGUACAGAUAGUACAGAGUUUGCGUUGAUUUUCGGCAGUUAAACAGCAUGGUGCUAAAAGACUGCUUCCCAGUACCCCUCAUUGAAGACGUGCUCGAAAGGCUUCAAGCGGCAAAAAUGUUCAUUGUCAUGGACCUGGAAAACAGAUUUUUCCAUGUACCCAUUGACGAGCCAAUUCGCAAAUUGACGGCAUUUAUCACAAAGCAGGGCCUUUACGAGUUCAACAAAGCCCCGUUUGGGUUUUGCAAUUCCCCUGAUACGUUUGUAAGAUUUAUCACUUACGUUUUCCAAAAUCUCGUUGACCAAGAUAUGAUGCAGAUUUAUGUGGACGACAUUAUCAUCUACGCACAAACGUCUGAAGAAUGUAUCACCAAGCGGAAGCAAGUACUGUCAGUGGCGUCCAAUUACAACCUAAACAUCAAAUGGAGGAAGUGUCAUUUUUUGGAGAGCAAGAUCGACUUUCUUGACCAUACAAUAGAAGGUGGCAAAAUUUGGCCGGGCCAAGAGAAAACAAGCGCUGUUAGAAAUUUCGAUACACCGAGAAAUGUCAAAGCGGUGCAAUCCUUUUUAGGAUUAACCGAAUUUUUCCGAAAAUUUAUAAAAAAAGGGUAUGCA